AUGCAGUGGGCAGCCGCAUGCGAGGACCUGCAAGCCUUCGCUGCGCACCACCGCGAGGUUGCGCCGCGCCGGGCGCCGGCGCACCCAAAUAUCCUCGCGUAUGCAGAGUCGACCGGUGCUGGCCGCGGCGAGCGCAGCGGCAGCGGAAGGCUCAGCUCGUGGGUGAACUCUACUCGGGUGUUGCACAUGACGCACAUCGCAAAGACGGGCGGACGCUCCGUCCGCGCCGAGCUGCAGAAGCUCAGGGCGCCGGUCGGCGGCGCGGAGCAGUGCUACCCUCCGUUUGUGCACCCGUCGCGCAUCAACAUCGUCUUUUUGCGCCACCCUCGCGCGCACGUGCUGUCCAUGUAUCUGCACGGGGCCCACUCGGGCAGGGUCGCGCGGCGGCGGGCGGCGGGCUACCCUUGGGGCAACGGCACCGGCGGGCUGGCAGAAGGGAUCGGCCUCUGGGCGGCUCACUUUGGCGAGGGCUGGGCGCCGGCACACGGGGACUUUUGGGGGUACAACCCGCUCAACAUGGUCGCGCGCACGCUCACUUGCUCCGACCCGCAGUGGAACGCCGACUACGUCCGCACCUGCAGCGCACCCUGCGCGCACCACGCCGGAGGCCGCGCCGCCGACGCGACGCCUCCGCGAGGUGCCGCGGUGGCGGCGGUGCACAGCGCCGACUUCAUCGGGCUGCUCGAGCUGCUCGACGAGUCGCUCUGCCUCGCAGAGUACCGCCUCAAGGGCGCCCUCCCGCCCCGCUGCCUCUGCGCCGCCGGCCAGGGUGCGGCCGGCGCGGCGUGGUCGCCUCUGUCCGGCUCCGUCUCCAGUCGAGCGGCCAGCGGGCGUGAGCCAGGAGAGGGGGGCGAGGGCGGUCCCGGCGGCGGGUCGAAGCGGGCGCACAUCAGCAACCCGGGCCAGCACAAGCAGCGCCGGCUCCGGCUGUCCGAGCUCCCCGCCAGCACGCUGCGACGCCUUGACGCGAUGACGGCCGUCGACGCGGCAGUGUACCGCGCGGGCGCCGUGCGGCUGCUGUGCGACCUCGCCGCGCUCGAGGAGCGCGUGGGCGCGCGCGUGCUCUGCGCGCCGCGCAUCGACGAGUUUCGCGCCGCCACCGCCUACGUGCCGGGAUUGUGGGGCUCAUCGGCGGGGAGCACAUUUGGUUUUGGAGACAUGGAGUACCUCGCCCGCGAGGCCCGCCACGUGCUGCUGCAGUGGUUCGAGCAGCACCGCCGCGACCCGAGGAUGGAGGUCGAGGCGCGCGUCAAGGACGUGGACCAGGCGGGCUUCGAGGCUGUGAUGGCCUCGCUCUGGCGCAACCGGGGCUGGUCCAACACACCGGCUGAGCACGAGACGAUCGACUUGAUGCACGCGACGGGCGUGCGCGAGACGAUCGACGUGGCCACCCAGCAGCGCACCUUUUUGCGCAAGGGCAAGUCGGUGCAGCCGCUUCUCGUGCAGGCGACCGCCCAGUGCAGGCACGCGGUCCGCUUCGCCAUCUCCUCCGAGUUUGAGGCGCCGCGCGACGACUCGGACGUGGUGCUCUGGCGCCGGAAGCGGCGCGUCAGCUUUGUGCACAAGGGCAUGUUCGCCUUUGAGCUCACGCGAGUCAACCAGGGGCCGACCGAGCAGGCGGCCGGACCGGGCUCGCCGCUCCUCGCAGCCGCCGCCGCACACCCGCCUCGGCUCCCCGCGCCGCCUCGGCUCCCCGCGCCGCGAUUCAGCCCCUUGACGACCGCCCCUCCACUCGCCUCCCUCGCGCAGGCGGCGCGGCUCGCGCCCGUGCCCGGCGCCGACUACCUCGCCGACUCGCUGCUGAUGAAGGUCGCCGACCUGCUCCGGCUGCUGCUCGACGCGGCGAGAGGCGGAGGGCCGGCCGCCAAGCGGCAGCGCGGCGGCGGCGUCGAGGAGGGGACGCCGGUCCGGCUCCGGGACGGGAGCGAGGUGAAGCUCGCCGUCUCGACGCAGGGGCACCCGCCGCCCUUCAACGGCAUGCUGCCCGCCGAGCUGGCCGCGACGGUGCCGUGGGUCUACUCGCACGCCGAGGAGGGGGCGGCGCCGCAGGCAGUCAUCACCAAUCUGCCGUGCACGCUCGGCGCAAAGGCCUACCCACUCUUCUACCUGCGCGGCCGCGUCCCGACGGCGGCGCUCGUCGUGGGCGGGCAGUGA